UUCUGCCUGUUCCUGUUGGCUGAAUAGGACACGUCAGCACUCAAUUCUGUUACACGUUCAUUAUAUCGCAGUCCAAAGACCUAAAACACUCUUCCGGAUAGCCUUGUAGUGAUACAUGACACCUCGCUCUUGGCGAUACACCCGAUCGCUAAACUUCUAAACAGCAAUAGCAACAGAUGAUAUCGAUCAACCGAACUGACAGAUCCGUGUCAGCAAAAAGAGUCAUCAUCCACGAACGAUUUCUUCGCGUACCAGUUUGUAACGUUCUGUGGAAACUGCUGCAUUUGGGUUCCAUCGAAAAUGGCAAAUGCAAACAAGAUGAGGACGCUUUCAAUAGUCAGGUGAUUCAAACCAUCAUUAUUUUAUCCAACGUCUGCCUUUAACUUUACGAAAAUGAGGUUACGAUUUCUCAAAAAGAACCUGCUCAUUAUCCUUGGUGUUUCUUUUAUUAUUGCCACUGUCAUGAUCACAACACGUGUAUUCAUUUCUGAUGAAGUCACGGGUGUUGUCGCUCAGGAAAACAUGUUGCUUGAUGACAAGGCAAAGUUUCAUUACAGUUCUGUUCCAGAAUUGAUAAAGUCUAUUUACAAUGCCAAUUACAAGCAAUACGUUCAGAAUGCGAACAAGUAUCCCGGGGAGACUAAAUUGGUCCUGGUUAUUCAGGUUCACAACAGACCAGACUACCUCAAAAUACUCAUCAAGUCAUUGGAAAAUGCAGCUGAGGUCCACAACUUACUGCUGAUUUUCAGCCACGACUAUUUUUCAGAGGAAAUCAAUUACAUAGUGCAAGGGAUAACUUUCUGCAAGGUCUUGCAAAUAUACUUCCCCUACAGCACACAGCUCUAUCCCAGUGAGUUUCCUGGGCAGGAUUCACGGGACUGUCCACGAGACAUAUCCAAGGACGAUGCUUUAAAAACAGGAUGCCUCAACGCUGAGCAUCCAGAUUCAUAUGGCCACUAUAGGGACGCCUCCAUCACACAGACCAAACACCACUGGUGGUGGAAACUUCACUUUGUGUGGGAGCGAGUGCAAGCUCUGCAAGGUUACAGUGGCUUUGUUGUCUUCCUCGAGGAGGAUAACUUCAUCUUGCCCGACCUCUACCACCUCUUCAAGGAGAUGGUUAAAUACAGGAAGAGCAGCUGCCCUGACUGUGACAUGUUGGCACUAGGCAACUACAACGGCCUGGCAGAAUUUGAUAAGCUCAGCAACAAGGUGCAGACUGCCGGGUGGAUGUCUACUAAGCACAACAUUGGCAUGGGCAUUUCCAGAGAGGUGUACUACAAGCUAAUGGGGUGCAACAAUGACUUCUGCUCCUACGAUGACUACAACUGGGACUGGACCCUCCAGCACCUGUCAGGGACUUGCAUCUCCAAGCCACUCAAAGUGCUGGUGGCCCAGGGGUCCAGGGUUUUCCAUACUGGUAACUGUGGGCUGCACCAGAACAAGGAGGCCUGUCGCCCUGAGCUGGCCCUAAAGAAAGCACAGGUGUCCCUUAAGCUUGCCAAAGCUUCCCUCUUCCCUCAGUCCCUGGCCCUAACAAAUGCAGAUUCAGUGGAGCACAAGGCUCAUAUGAAAAACGGCGGGUGGGGUGAUAUCCGUGACCAUGUCCUUUGUAAUAACUAUGCCAAACGUCUAUGAACAAUGGACUUCUCAUUCUCAUCUUUUUGAUGUACUGAGAGGGUUGAGGAAAUAAGUGCCAUUUAAAAUGUUCAGGGUUCCAAAGGCUGCAGUGUGUUAUUUAAAAAAAUAUUUUUUAAUGAGGUCUUCCAAGGGGUUAGCAAAACAUUUUGGGGGUUUGUUAUGGUGUGUAUGCAGCAGUGUGAUUUAUAGCAUGGUUGUUAUUACUCUUAUUACCAAAAGUAACAUGAUCGCCAAAUAUAUUUCUUUAUUUUUCAAAACAGAUUAUAAACAAGCUGAUUUAUUUUUGUUUUCUCUUUUUAUGUAACUGGGUUUUCUUUUUAUUUCUUAAAAAUGAAGACACUUUUUAUUUAAAGUAAAGCAUUACGAUGUUAUACUUCAUUAAAAAAAGGCAAUGUUUCAGCACCAGCAGCUAAUUAUUAUGGUGCACAUAAAUUACUUUACAUAGAAAAUAAAACUGAAUCAGCGUUAUACAUCCUUGACUUCUAUUACAUGUUAGAUCGUUGCCAUUUGUAUACAUUCUUCAGAACAGAUAAGAGAGUUGAGCCGUUUGCCCAAAUGGGGUGACGCUUGUCCAGCUUCAGAAUCCCUUACCCAUCCACAGUUAUAAUCAUUGUGCUUUAAAUGAUAUGUGGUGCAUACAGUAUAAAUAGAAAAACAACAGCAAAAGUCAUUGUUUGAUAUCUAAUGCACACAGCUAUAGGUUAUAUUGUAUAUAGAAAGUGACAAUCAUGAAAUGUCUUGUUAUAUAUAUGCCACUAAACCAAUGAUCACUUUGUAGCUGACAAUUGGUUUUACUGGGGAAUUACUUACUGUACAUAAACUACAGUAUGACAUUUGUUUGACUGAAAUGUGUGGUUUAAAUAAAAAAAAUCAAUAAAAAUUACAUUGGAACAACAGGAA